AUGAACUUCUUCGACAUGUGGACGCGCCAGCAGGCGCAGGACCUCGCGCCUCCCCCGCGACUAAUAACCGCAGAGGACCGCCGCAUCCAGCAGAGGCGGGAGAGCCGCCUCCUCAUCGCCGAGGCGGAUGAGCACGCCAUGGCGGUGUGGCGCGAGCGCUUCCCGCAGGAUGUCGCCCUUGAGAACGAGUUCUGGGCGCAGAGGAGGGCGGAGCGAGCCGCGGAACAGGCAGACAGGCGUGAGCGGAAGGCACUGGCGGAAGCCCAGUGCGAAUUGGGACCUGUGUCGUCCUGGGACGACAAUGAUCCUCGGCGGGAGGACACGUUUCUGUCGUCGGACUACACCACCGAGAAGAACGACAACGAGGAGUAG